ACAUCUGUAACCAUGAAGUUGCUUCUAGCAGGAAUUGUUCUGAUUCUAAUCAUAGUGGAAACCAAUGCCCAGUGGUACAACUUUCCUCGUGAAGCCUUUCAAGGAGCUGGUGAUAUGUGGCGAGCAUACAGUGAUAUGAGGGAGGCCAACUGGAAAAACUCAGACAAAUACUUUCAUGCCAGAGGAAACAGUGAUGCUGCCAGCAGAGGAGCAGGGGGAAGAUGGGCAGCUGAGGUUAUCAGUAAUGCCAGAGAGUGGGUGCAGGAAAGAACUGGUCAUGGUGCUGAGGACUCUGCUGCUGAUCAGAAGGCAAACGAGCAUGGGCGCAACGGAGGAGAUCCCAACGAUUACAGGCUACUGGGACUUCCUGAAAAAUAUUAGUAUGAAAGCCAUCAACAACUGAUAAUAAAACUACUAAAAGAAAUGUA